ACCAGUAAACUAGUUACUUUCGUCACUUCCAAGUAACACGUUAUUUUAUUACUGUCGUUAGUUCCAGCAGCUGCCAGCGUAGCGGAGCACUUCUUCUAUUUCGCAAUCCAUACCAGUGCUAGUACUAGUACAGUGAUGAGUCGAGGAGGCACGCAACUCGCGAGCAAGUGGGAAAAUCGCGAUGCUCCAACGAACUGCGUGAUACGUUUGUGCGCGUCUUUCUCGACUUCUCAUUCAUUUCCUUUUCGGGGGAACGAAAAUAACUGUGGAUGUCAGUGUUCCCAUUCGCUAUGGUUCAUUUGUUAGUUUGUACUUGUAACGCGAUCGCAGGUUAUCGGUCAGUCUUGAACACAACUAACAAAUUACUUUCAUAACUGGUCAAAUGAGAACCGUCGAAGUCCUUACUUACAGUUAGUUACAGUAACUGUUACAUGUGCCACUUCCUGGGACCUUCAUAGUGCGCUGCAGUGGCGCAGGGUGCGGCGACUCUUCCGCUGUCCACACACGUCCGGUGUCGUGCACCGACGUCGCCGUCCUGUGAAGCAGGAAGUCGACCAGCCGCGUCGGACAUGGCGCGGGGUGUUCGCCGGCUGCCAGAGCCUGCGAAGAGUGGAAAUCCGUUUGUACAUCGGAUAGACUACACCAUAUGGAUGUACGUCAAGCUGUUUGCAGGUGUCCUGCUGCUGUUGCCUAUCCGCCUGCUACUGACGCCCGUGUUCAUGCUGGCGUUGUACGUAUGUGUUCGCCUCUCCAGCAGUGGCUGGAAACCAGGCCAGCACAUGCAGCCGUGGCAGAAGUACAUCGUCACGACCAUUGCCCCGCCAAUUGUACGACUCUGGGUGUUCUGCGCAUUCGGUUUCUAUCAUGUGCCGGUCAAGGGCAGGCGUGCCAGUGCAGCUGAGGCACCCAUCACAGUAGUUGCCCCACACUCGUGUAUCAUGGAGACAUGGAUGGUAAUGCUGUUCACGUACGGCAUGGUGAUUUCUCGAGUGGAGAAUCAGAACUUCCUCUAUGUCAGCAGUUGCAUCAAAGCGUGCGAGCCUAUUUGGGUAGGUGGCAGUGUCCGGGGGGGCAGCACGGUCGAGGAGAUGACAAAGCGCAUCACCUCGCCUGGCCGCUGGCUGCCAAUCGUUAUCUUUCCCGAAGGCACAACGCACAACGCUGAUGCCUUGCUGAGCUUCAAGACCGGCGCCUUCCAACCAGGCUAUCCUGUGCAGCCAGUGAUAUUUCGCUUUGGCAAGCCGCAGGUUGGAGUGUGGGGUAACCAUGGAAACACUGUGCCAAAGAUAGUUCUGCUGCUGAUGUGCCAGUGGCACAACACGUUUGAAGUUGAGUAUCUGCCUGUGUACCGUCCGUCUGAAGAAGAACGCCAGGAUGCUCGGUUGUACUCGCGGAAUGUGCGUGCUGUCAUGACCAAAGCUGCUGACCUGCCAUGUAUGGACUAUUCGCGAGAGGAGCUGUCGCUGAUGGAGAAAGUCCAUGGAGCAGGUUUGCCACUGGAUGCGGCCUUGAUUGAAUACGACCUAAUCAACAGGCUCUUUGGUGUGCGCUUGCCUGCCCUCCAGGUGGUCUUGGAGCGCUUCAUUCAAAUGAACACAAGCAAGAGUGGUGUUGUCAGCAGCAACGAGUUCAUGAUGCAUCUUGCCUGGCCAAUUCGUGAACACGCUCUUCUUCUCUUUAAGGAGUAUGACACUUGUUCUGAUGGCCGUGAGGAGCUGAGAUAUCGAGAGUAUGUUGUAGGAACACUGGAUUUGGCAACGAAAGUUCCGAAUGCUGCACAGGUCGUUUCAGAUGCAUUUGAAGCAUUGUCGGAUGGUCAGGAUCAGCUCUCUACGACUGGAAUUCUAGAUGCAAUGCACAGGCGUGGCUUUAGUGAUGUGUCAACAGACAGCGUUGAACGCUUUCUGUACAAGAUGUCCCAGAGCUCGGAUCUGUCUGUAAGUGGAUUUGCUUCCUAUGUAGAGUCGAAUCCUGACCUGAACAUUCUUCUGGUUUGGUACCUGCGUGGGACUGCUACAGAUGUCUAAUCGAUGAAACACACUGGAAACUGGACUCUGUGCGGUGGCACGUGCUCUCUUGCCUACUACAUGUAUCACUAUUUCCAACAUUGGAGCUGUCCGCCAAGGAGUUAAUGCGGAUCCCUUUGUUGUGCUCGAUUUUCUGGACGUUCUAUUGAUAUAGCUGGCCAAGAUUGUCACUUAUGGUCAUUUAGUUUGUCUCGGUUCGUUUUUUCGUUUUGUUGAAAGUCAAGUUUCUGCAUGAGUGGCUGUUUCAACUUCCUUUUUCUUCUUCUUCUCCUAACUCCCAACCCAAUCUGUGCACAGAACGUUUAGAGGGUGCGAUUCUCAGUUGCCACUGUCCAUUAAAGUUUUUGUUAUCCAGCAGGUGUUGCCACUCAGAGUCCCAUCGCUUUGCACUCAAUCAGACUUUGCAGCAGCCAACCCCCCUCAUUAUUUUGGUAUUGAUUUAGCCGGCGGUUACUUUGCCAACUGGUGAAAUGCUGUAUAUUGUGAAGUAGAGGUCAUGCGAAUUAUUUCAUGGGGUGAUUUAGCGGAUUUUCUAUCGGGCGCCAAGUUUGCAGCGUGAGUUGCAAGUGCAGCGCUGUGCCGCGAGCCCGCCACAGCAUUUCAACUGAUGAUGUAAUUGUUUAAAAUCUCUCUAUA